GGGGACCAGUCCUCCGGCCAGGCCGCGGCCUCGCACCCCGGACACGGUGACUGGGCCUGUGGUUGGCGGUGCGCUCGUGGAGCCGGGCCUGCGCCGGGUCCCGCCGCCGCCGCAACACGACCGUCAAUCUCGGGGUUUAGGAGCCGUUGCUGUGGACGGAGAGACGGGGACGUGAGCGGCCAUAGAGGGCGUCCAGGGUGCCGAUGAGUGCCCCCACACCCAUCUGCUUGGUGUGCGGGCUGAGCUUCGAGGGGCUGAGCUUUGGUGGAGGACCACAUGGCGGUGCACAACAAGGAGAAGCAUUAUGAGUGUGACGUGUGUGGCAAGGCCUGGCGGUGCCCGGGCGAGCUGGAGGCCCACCGGCGGGUUCACACGGGAGAACGCCCCUUCGACUGCACAGAGGGCGGCAAGACCUUCAAGACGGCAAGUGACCUGAAGGUCCACCAGCGAGUGCACACGGGCGAGAGGCCCUAUGGCUGCUCCACCUGUGGCAGGAGCUGUAUCCAGUUGUCGGGGCUGCGGGACCACCAGCUGGUGCACAGCAGUGAGUGGCCUUUCACCUGCUCCGACAGCGACAAAGGCUCCAAGUCUUCGCCGGUACUGAAGGCGCAUAGGCGCCUGCACACCGGGGAGCGCCCCUACACCUGCACCCAGUGCGGUAAGGGCUACUCCCGCUCCUGCAGCCUGCUGGUGCACCAGCGCACCCAUACCGGCGAGCGCCCCAACAUCUGCACCCAGUGUGGCAAGGGAUUUACCCGCUGUCCCACCAGCGGGUGCAUUACGUUGAGUGGCCCUUUGGCUGCUCUGACUGCGGCAAGGACUUCAAGGAGGCGCAACAGCUGAAGACCCACCGGCGAGUGCACACGGGCGAGAAGACCCAUAGCUGCUCCACCUGCGGCAAGAGCUUUCCACGGUCAUCAGGGCUAUGCUAGCACCGGCGGGUGCACAGCGGUGAGCGGCCCUUCACCUGCUCUGACUGCGGCAAUGGCAGGUGUCCGCUCACCUGAAGAAGCACAGGAGCCUGCACACCGGGUAACGGCCCUACACCUGCAGCGACUGUGGCAUGAGCUUCACCCAGUCCACCAGGCUGCUAGGGCACCAGCGCACCCACAUCGGCAAGUGACCCUACACCUGCGCCCAGUG